AAGUCCAAAGAUGAAUUUAAUGAUUCUUGUUCCGGCUGUACUUCUAAAAUUUAUUUUCAAUAUUCUAAGUUUUAUUAUUAAAAAGUUUAGUCGUGAAAAACCACAACGAAUUCCUCCUGCUAAUAAUCAUUUGUUUAAAUUGUCAGCAACUGUACUUGCUAAGAAGAUCAGAUUAGGAGAACUUACAAGCCAAGAAUUAAUAGAAGCAUACAUCCAACGUAUAAAAUUAGUAAAUCCUAUUUUAAACGCGGUUAUCGAAGAUAGAUUUAAAGAAGCCUUGGAAGAAGCAAAGAUUUGUGAUGAAAAUAUCAGAGACGGUAAAAUUACUCUCCUCGAGCUUGAAAAACAAAGACCAUUGUACGGUAUACCGUUCACGGUUAAAGAAGCGUGUAUGCUCAAAGGAUUGAGUCACACAGGAGGUUCUUAUGCUCGACAAGGAAUGAAAGCAUCGGAAAAUGGAGAAGCGGUAGAAAUGUUAAGAAACGCAGGUGGUAUACCACUAUGUGUUACAAAUACUCCAGAAUUAUGUACGGGACUCGAUACUUACAAUCAUUUGUUUGGAAGAACAUGUAAUGCAUACGAUAGCAGAUAUACAGCUGGUGGUUCCUCGGGCGGAGAAGGAGCACUCUUAGGUGCAGGAUGUUCUUUGAUAGGAAUCGGUUCUGAUUUAAUAGGAUCCAUAAGAAUACCAGCCUUAUUUAAUGGUGUCUUUGGACAUAAGGCAACAACAGGAAUUGUCUCGACAAAAGGUCAUUUUCCAUUCGUCGACGAUGACGAGUUUAAAAAAUUUUUACUAAUAGGACCUAUGACAAGAUAUGCCGAAGAUUUACACUUGGUUAUGAAAGUAUUGACUGCUAAAUACAAUCGAGAUUUAUAUUUGGAUGAUCCGGUUGAUUUGAAAACAUUGAAAGUCUUUUAUCUGGAAGAUAUGGGAUCUUCCAUUGCCUCUGUUCCAACUCAAAUGGAAAUACGAACUUGUGUUAGAGAGGCAGCUAAACAUUUGAAAUAUUGUGGCUCUGAGGUUGAAGAAUAUACAGGUUCUUUAAUUCAUGUUUUCCAAUCGGUCAUAGUUACUAUUAUGUCUAUGAAAGAACUACAACUUUUAUUGGAUCCAAAUGAUCCUAAGCAUGAAAGACAAUGGAUGUAUGAAUUACCAAAGGCACUGCUAGGUCUUUCACAACACACAUUCGGAGCGAUCUUUCUAAAAUUUCUACUGUAUAUGAACAAAUUUUUGAAGGAAUCGAAAGAACAAAAAUUAAACGCUGAAUAUCAACGUCAGCAUUUUAUAGAUUUAUUAGGUACGAAUGGUGUGUUCAUCUGUCCUACAUAUCCAAUAACAGCACCUAUAGGCAAAACAAUAGUUUUUAAUAUGCUGAGUACGUUAUAUUGCGGUGUAUGGAAUUUCUUCGGUUUUCCAGCAAGUAAUGUUCCUAUGGGUAUUACAGUAGAUGGUUUACCCAUUGGUUUACAGAUCAUCGCUGCCCCUUAUCAAGAUCGUCUAUGUUUAGCAGUAGCCAAAGAAUUAGAACGAUCAUUUGGUGGUUGGACAGCACCUUAUCCAAUCUGUUAAUAUAUAUAUAUAUAUAUAAAACAUUUUUAAAUCUAUAUGGGGUGAAAAAUGUUUUCAUUAUAUUAGAAAAUUUAAGAAAUAUGAUAUUUAACUGGAAAAUAUUAACUCGGAUAUAUAUGAAUUAACAAAAAAAAGAUCUCGCAGCAAAUAUGAGACUAA